AUGGGUGGUGACUACACCUUUUUAUGGAAGGCAAGGUGGAAGAAGAGCACUAAUGGAGUUGGCUUCACCAUCAAAAACAAACUGGUGGACCAACUUGAAGACUCCCCCUGCAGGAUAAGUAAAAGUCUCAUGACACUCCGAUUCACCCUAGGUUGGAAGCAUGUGUGUGAGAAUGGAAAUCUGAAGUGCACUGGUCAGGAUCCUCAGGAACAUUGCUAUCCUCCUAAAGUUUACUUCAACUGUGCAAAUGCGCAAGAUGGUGAAUAUGGAGCUGCUUGUGCACAAACAUGUCAGAUGCUGGCUGCAGAAGGUCAAUGUUUAACAACAAAAUGUGUAUCCGGUUGUGUAUGUCCGGAUGGUCUGGUGCUGGAUGAGGGAAAAGGCUGUGUUCACCCUGACAAUUGUUCAUGUGAAUAUGGUGGGCAUUCAUAUGGACAGGAUGACGUAAUUGUGAAGGACUGUAUGAAGUGUUUCUGCAGUAGAGGAAAAUGGAAUUGCCACAGAAAUGCAAUGUGUCCUUCAACAUGCAUGGUUCACGGUGAAGGGCAUAUCUCCACGUUUGACGGAAAGCAAUAUGUAUUUGAUGGAAAUUGUGAAUAUAUUUUAGUUCAGGAUGCUUGUUCUGCAAUAUACACACAGCCAUCUUUCAAGAUAGUAGCAGAAAAUGUUAUUUGUAGCCGCUCAAAAACAGUUUGUACGAAGACUAUAAAAGUUUAUUUUGAGGAUUUUCUAAUCAAAAUGACAGAUGGCACUUACAAAGUCAUACCUGAAAAUGCAACUAGCAAAUUCACUGUCGUUCACAAUCAGAUGUAUUUAAUAUUUUAUUUUGGAAAUUUUGAAAGUCUUCAAUUAAUAGUGACAUGGAACUUAAGGAUGAAUACUUAUAUCCAGAUUGCUGGAUCAUCACAGCUUUCAGUUUGUGGACUUUGUGGCAAUGCCAAUGGUAAUAUUAAAGAUGAAUUGAUAACUCAGAGCCACCACACAGCUUUCACUUUAAUGAACUUUGUAAAUUCUUGGAAAGAAGAUCCCAUGUGUGAUGAUGUGACUGAAGUUAUUUAUCCGUGUGCCAAAAAUCCAUAUCGCAAGUCCUGGGCAGAAAAGCGUUGUAAAAUAAUUCAGAGUGUUGUGUUUGAACCAUGCCACAAUUUGCUCCAAUGGCGUCCAUAUUAUGAUAAAUGUAUCAGAGAUGCAUGUGGUUGUGAACUCAUUGGAGAUUGUGAUUGUCUGUGUGAUGCUGUUGCAGCCUUUGCUAAGACAUGCUUAGAUGCUGGCGUUUGCAUUGAUUGGAGAACCCCUGACUUUUGUCCUGUGAAUUGUGAUUUUUACAAUACCCAUGAUCGAAGAACAAAUACUUAUAAAUUUGCUGGUGACAUUGAGUGCAAAUGGCACUAUCAGCCAUGCUUGUGCCCCAAUAUUCCAUGGAUCUUCUCAAAAACAAAUAUGGAAGGUUGUUACAAUUGCAGUAUAGAUGAGUAUUAUGAUGCAAGCCAGCAGCGCUGUGUGCCAUGUACAUCGACAGUGACUACAUCAACAACAGCACCAACAUCAAAAACGAGAUCAACAGCAACAACAAUACCAUCAACUUCAACAACAGCAUGGACAGCGACUGCAUCAACAACAGCACCAACAUCAACAAUGACAUCAUCAACAGCAUCAACGAUACCAGCACCAACAACAACCUUGACUUCAACAACAGCAUGGGCAGCGACUGCAUCAACAACAGCAUUGACAACGACUACAUCAACAACAGAGGAACUUCCAGUUGGAGGCACAGUGGGAAGUAAGCAGUUCUUUAUUUACUUUAAUCCAAUCAUCAACAGCGACUGCAUCAACAACAGCAUGGACAGCGACUGCAUCAACAACAGCAUCAACAGCGAUUGCAUCAACAACAGCAACAACAAUACCAGCAACUUCAACAACAGCAUCAACAACAACAGCACCAACAACAACCUUGACCUCAACAACAGCAUGGACAGCGACUGCAUCAACAGCAGCAUCCACAGCGAUUGCAUCAACAACAGCAUCGACAGCGAUUGCAUCAACAACAGGAAUAUCCUGGAUGUUUACUCUGGACGUGAUACCUACUUCAUGCUUGUUCGAACUCUGAUAGAAAGCAAUGUCACUGAAGGAGGCACUGUGACCAGACGGAAACCCCUCCCAGGUCUUGAUGGACUGCGUUUCCGUGACUCUGUCUCGAACCACGAGGGGACCACUAUCCUGAUGAAACAACUAGAUCAGGAUGUGGAAGAGGCUGGAAAUAAUUAA